AUUUUCCCCCCUCUUCUCGUCGCCAUCCUGAGAGCGCAGUAGAGGAGGAGACAUAGCGGACUCUCUCUGUCGGGGUUUUUCAGUGAUGUGUUUCUAGGCAGCGGGACCUCGUGGAAAGAAAAAGGCUUGUUUUCUUUUAAUUUAACGGACUCUCUGCAUUUCGGUUGCGCUUGGAAAUACCGCAGAGUGAUAUUUGUGCUCGAGAAACUCGGUUCGAGAAAGAGGGAGGCGUGAAAGGAAAACUUUUGGUGCCAAGGUGAAGAAAUCGAGGUUUGUUGUUGCGAACGCGUCCGUGUGAAGGCAAAAGUUCGGAAUGUCUCUCUCGGUACCUCAGAACGGUGUGAAGGGGGAUAACGAACCCGUCAUCGAGCUUUUUGUGAAGGCGGGCAGUGAUGGAGAGAGUAUCGGUAACUGUCCAUUUUCUCAGCGUCUCUUCAUGAUCCUGUGGCUGAAGGGUGUGGUCUUCAAUGUCACAACUGUGGACCUUAAGAGAAAACCUGCUGAUCUGCAGAAUCUGGCCCCAGGAACCCACCCUCCCUUCAUCACCUUUAAUGGAGAGGUCAGGACAGAUGUCAACAAGAUCGAAGAGUUCCUAGAGGACGUCCUUUCCCCUCCAAAGUACUCUAAACUUGGUGCCAGACACCCAGAAUCCAACACUGCAGGGAUGGAUAUAUUUGCCAAGUUCUCUGCCUUCAUCAAGAAUUCCAAGCCUGACGCCAAUGAGGGUUUGGAGAGGGGACUGCUGAAGACUUUGCAAAAGUUGGAUGAGUACCUGUGCUCUCCUCUGCCAGAUGAGAUUGACCACAACAGCAUGGAGGAAGUAAAGGCCUCCACACGCAGGUUCCUUGAUGGUGAAGAGAUGACACUGGCCGACUGCAACCUGCUGCCUAAACUCCACAUUGUUAAGGUGGUGGCAAAGAAGUACAGAGGCUUUGAGAUCCCUAAAGACAUGACGGGCAUCUGGAGGUACCUAAACAAUGCUUACAAGCGCGAGGAGUUCACCAACACAUGUCCCAGCGACAAGGAGAUCGAGAUCGCCUACGCUGACGUAGCAAAGCGGCUUGUCAAAUAAUAGCUCAAAAUCUCCUCCACUCCGCUCCCUGCGCUGGGACUUGUUUAUUUUCCAUCACACGAGAAAGAGAAGAAAACAAGCUAUGGACUCCUUUUUUUUUCCCCUUCUCUUUUUUUUUUUAUUUUUUAUUUUUUUAUAGAGUAAAUACCCAAUUGCAUGAUUUCUCCCUCUCCCGUUACAGCUCUUUAGGACAUAUCAGUAAUCCUCAGUGCGGCCGAAAGGCUGUUUUCACACUAUUUUUUUUUCUUUGUCUUAGUUCAAGUGUUAAAGCAGGAAGUGCCAGAUACUGUCUGUGUACCGAUGGCUAAUAGCGUGUGAGCAUGUGGCUCACGCAUAUCUAUUCCUCUCACCCACGCUAUGUAGCAAUAAGAGUGGGUUCACCAGCCUUUUGUUUAAAAAAAAAAAUGCUUUUUCUAAGCUUGCAAAGUGAACACUUAUGAAACAUUUUUUUUGUUUUGUUUCUAUCUAAAUGCAUCGGAACAGUGUUGAAAGCUCCAGUGUUUAUUUUCAGAGAGUUUUAGAGAGCAGUAUAGCACUCUGAACACAAAAAAGACCCUUUAUCAAAGUUUGAAGUGCAUAUUGACUUAGGUUGAUAUCAGAAGGUUGAAACUUAAAUAUGAAGUUCAUAUCAUACACAUUAGUCAUCAGUUGUUUGCAAAUGGCACCUUACAUACCACGUAGUAAAUUUGCAGCACCUGUGGCCUUUUGAAGAAGGAAAGACCUCUUUAACAGAAACUAUAGAUACAUGAAGAGAUUCUAUAGAUCUGCCUUAUUCACUCUAGAUUCAUUAUUUAACAUAAAGAGUGCUGCACCAUCAUAACUGCAUUCCAUGGCAUGAAACACAUGAAGGGAAACGCCUGUGUAGCUCUAGAGCUAGAACUACAUCACUUGCACUUCACGUGAAGUGUCCUUAACAGUUUAAAUAGUAGCAAAAUGGGAUUUUUUUUUUAAGCAAA